GAAGAGGGCAUCAGAUCCCCUGAAACUGGGGUUAUGGAUGGUUGUGAGCCACCAUGUGGGUCCUGGAAACCUCUUCAGAAGCAGCAAGUGCUCUCAACACCUGAACUUUCUCCCCAGCCCCAUAUUUUUUUGUUAUUUUUAAAUUGUGCGUCUAUGUGUAUCUGUUCUUGGGUAGUGUCCGUGAGUGCAGAUGCCUGAGGUGUCCAGAAGAGAGCAUCAGACCCCUGCAUCUGGGGGUACAGGCUGCUAUGAGUCUCCUGACAUGUGGGCUGGGAGCUGAACUCAAGAUUCUCUGCAAAAGCGAUGCACGCUCUUUAACUGCUGAGUCAUCUCUGCAGACUGUCAGUCUAUCUGUUUUUGAGGGUGUGUGGGAUGACAGACUGGUUAACAGAAAACCCCCAGAGACGGGGCUGCAGGAUUUAGCUGUUCUUAACUCCCUCCUGGCAGCCUAGGACCUGCCUCCUGGGCACAUCAGGCACCAUGGACUCCCCAGGGUACAAUUGCUUUGUGGACAGGGACAAGAUGGAAGCGUCCAUCCGGGACCUGGGGCCAAAGGAGCUGAAUUGCACUGAACUACAGGAGCUGAAACAGCUGGCACGUCAGGGCUACUGGGCUCAGAGCCACGCCCUGCGGGGGAAAGUGUACCAGCGCCUGAUCCGGGACAUCCCCUGCCGCACGGUCACACCUGACGCCAGCGUGUACAGCGACAUCGUGGGCAAGAUUGUGGGCAAGCACAGCAGCCGUAGCCUGCCCUUGCCUGAGUUUGUGGACAACACUCAGGUGCCCACGUACUGCUUGAACACACGGGGAGAGGGCGCUGUGCGCAAGAUCCUCCUGUGCAUUGCCAACCAGUUCCCCGACAUCUCCUUCUGCCCUGCCCUGCCUGCUGUGGUGGCCCUGCUCCUACACUACAGCAUUGAUGAGGCAGAGUGUUUCGAAAAGGCCUGCCGCAUCCUAGCCUGCAAUGACCCCAGCAAGAAGCUUAUCGACCAGAGCUUCCUGGCCUUCGAGUCUUCCUGCAUGACAUUUGGGGACCUGGUGAACAAGUAUUGCCAGGCAGCCCACAAACUGAUGGUGGCCGUGUCAGAGGACGUCCUGCAGGUCUACUCUGAUUGGCAGAGAUGGCUGUUUGGGGAACUGCCCCUCAACUACUUUGCCCGUGUUUUUGAUGUCUUCCUUGUAGAAGGCUAUAAGGUGUUGUACAGAGUUGCUCUGGCCAUCCUCAAGUUCUUCCACAAGGUGAGAGCAGGACAGCCCCUGGAGUCAGACAAUGUAAAGCAAGACAUCCGCAUGUUUGUCAAGGACAUUGCCAAGACAGUGUCUCCUGAGAAACUACUAGAGAAGGCCUUUGCCAUACGCCUAUUUUCCCGCAAGGAGAUCCAGCUCUUGCAGAUGGCCAAUGAGAAAGCACUGAAGCAGAAAGGCAUUACUGUCAAGCAGAAGAGUGUCUCACUUUCUAAAAGGCAGUUUGUGCACUUGGCUGUCCAUGCAGAGAACUUCCGCUCGGAGAUUGUCAGCGUGAAGGAGAUGAGAGACAUUUGGUCCUGGAUCCCUGAGCGUUUUGCCCUCUGUCAACCCCUCCUGCUCUUCUCCUCACUGCAGCAUGGGUAUAGCCUGACCAGGUUCUAUUUCCAGUGUGAAGGACACGAGCCCACCCUCCUACUCAUCAAGACCACACAAAAGGAGGUUUGUGGGGCUUACCUGUCCACAGACUGGAGCGAGAGGAAUAAGUUUGGAGGCAAGCUGGGAUUCUUCGGGACUGGAGAAUGCUUUGUUUUUAGGCUGCAGCCGGAGGUACAGCGUUACGAGUGGGUGGUCAUCAAGCACCCAGAGUUGACCAAGCCAACAUCCUUCAAGUCCUCAGAGUCUGCAGCCAGCCCUUCUCUCCUCAGCCACUCUGUCUCUUCCGACCCUGCUGAUCGGCUCUCACCUUUUCUGGCCGCCCGGCACUUCAACCUGCCCUCCAAGACUGAGUCCAUGUUCAUGGCUGGGGGCAAUGACUGCCUCAUCAUUGGGGGAGGAGGUGGCCAAGCACUGUACAUUGAUGGGGAUCUGAACCGAGGCCGCACCGGACACUGCGACACUUUCAACAACCAGCCCCUCUGCUCUGAGAACUUCCUCAUCGCAGCUGUGGAGGCUUGGGGCUUCCAAGACCCUGACACCCAGUGACCGGCCUGCGUUGAUGGUGACUGAGCCACAUUGAGGGGUGAUGGGACAGAGGCCCAGCUGCCUCUUCAGGGAUCAGGGAAUGAAUGAGACACCACCUCCAGGAAGUGGGCAGGUUUGCCUCCCAGGGCUACAUUUCCCCGCCCUGAGCUUCUGCCUCUUGUAGGGAAAGGGCAAAUGAAUCUUCUUGCCAAAUGUGGUUCUGUGGUGCCCCCUGCUGGUGCUUUGACUCUGCAGCUCCUCAGACCUCUGACCCUCUGAGGUUCACCUGGGCUACAUUUGCUGCUACAGGAUAGGAUUGGGGAUUGGGGCAGGAUUUGUGGGGAGCUCUGCAGCUCCCCUUAUUCUAGAAGGGAUGAGGGCUGGAGAGCUGUUUUUUUUUUUUUUUGUCUUUGUGUUUUUGCAGAGCCUGAAGCUCUUGCUGCACCUCACUGCAAGUCCAUACCUGAAGGUGGCCUCUGGAGAGACUUUCUUUGACCAGCUUGAGCAGUCAGCUCCAUUCCCAGGGUUCUCCUCAGAGAUGACUGGACUCAGUGAGGCUUUUGCCUCCUUGAACUCGUGUAGUUUUGGUGACUUCUGUGUUUCCUUCCCUUGUCACUGUAGUGACUGCGGCCCAGGGUCACCCCGACCCUAGCAUGGCAUGCUUGUCUCAGUCCUGCCUUCCGCCUUCUCCUCAGGCCCUCUGCUUCCCUAGACCUCCUCACACAGCACCUGAUAAACCGAUGUGACCUGAUCCCUCUGCUGUCACUAUGGCUGGCUACGUGCUGUGUUUUCUGUGUGCUACCCCUUCUCCCAUUAUGGCUUUCAGGUCUCUGGAUGUCUGUGCUUCCCGAGGCCUGUACUGGCCUGGUACACAGUAGAUGACAAGGGAAGCACUCCCUCUGAGAACUAUAGCAAACUCCAUGCCCCCUGCCCUCCCUCCCAUCCUGUGACCUCCCUCAGCUGGUCCUGAGGGUCUAGGUAACACAGAGGAAGAGAGAAGAAGCAGUGGCCCAAUGGCUGUGCUGGGGCCAUAGAUGUCUGGGUGAUAAAAACAGGUGCCUGGUUCUCACAUGACUGUCUGGCGUGCCUCAGAGUCAGCAUGUGUCACACCAGUGCUUCUUUCCAUGCUGAUACUCGCUUUUGCUGUGGGAGGCUCCAUGUUCCAUGUAUUCAUGUCAGCUCUCAGCAGGGUCACAGUGGCACAAGAGGCAGGGCUGGAAGGAGCCCCGUGCAACUUUGGGCCACCUGGCAACGCCGCCUAGAACUAUGGACUCUGCACAAUGGACCAGUUCUCCCACCACGCUGGCUUCCAGGAUGGGUUGGCUUGGGUCUUCAGAGGGGAGAGGUCCUGGGAGGCGCUGCUGCUCUCCUCCACAGAAUGUUGUGAGCCUUGCCACCCAUCUCCUCUGAGCCCACUGCCCAGGCCUACACCUCCAACUUUGGUGUUCAUUUAACCCCAUCUUGGUUUUUGUUACUGUUGUUUGUGAAAAGAUCUUACUAGGGAGCCUAACUGGCCUGGAACUCCCUAUGCAGCCCAGGCUCGCCUGGAAAUUGCUAUGUAGCCUAGGUUGGCCUUAAAAAUCAUGAUCUGCCUGAGCCUCCUAAGUGCUGGGCUUAUAGACAUUAGGCCCAGCUCAGCACUUCCUGUUGCACUAACUCCAGGGCCCUGAGUUUGGUCUCCAGCCGGAAGGCCCCCAGGACUUUUCCAGGCUGUGCACCAUGACGCCCACGCAAGCAUUGCCGCUGGAACUCAGAAGCCUCUCAGAAGCGGUGAAGUUAAGUGGGCAGUAUGUCCAGGGCCCUGCAAGGUCCCUGACUGGGUAGUGUGUUUUUAUUUUGUGUGGCCCCCACUGGGCCUUCCUAGGGGUCUAGUCCAAGAAGACUGAUCGAUGUGUACCCAUAAUUACAUCCUAAGCAAAGUUCCUAGCUGUUUGCCCACAACUUACUCAGUUCUUUAAAUUUAAUGUCCUCUUUUUUCUGACUUUUCUACCAAAAGGUGUGUGUCAUUUUCUUUAUAUUUUUAUUCUCAUCACUGUUCUUAUCUGAUACUAAGUGUUUCCACUUAGUAUUUAUUUUAUUAAUGUUUUCUAUUAUUUAUUAGCUUUUGAUGUUAAAAACAAGCCAAAAUUUGAUGGCAUUGUAUAAGAAGUUAUAUUUUAGCAGCAUUUAAACAUUUGUUUUUAAAACAAAUACCGAGCCUAAUUUAAGCCAGUUCAUUAAACUAAAUAAGUUAACUUCAAUCAUAUGCCUUUGGGACCUCAGAAAAUCAGUUUAUGCUUUGGUUUUGGUUUGUGACAAGUGUCAGUGUCAUGUAGCUUGGUCUAUCCUUGAACUAACUGUGUAGCUGAAGCUGCCCCACGUGUGUGCCACCAUGCUUGGUCAUAAUCAAUUUAUUCUUAAAAUGAUUUAUGAUACAACAUUAGGUGUUUUGUUUUUUUUGUUUUUUUUUCAAGACAUGGUUUCUCUGUGUAUCCCUGGCUGUCCUAAAUUCAUUGUGUAGACCAGGCUGGCCUCAAACUCAGCAAGAUCCAUCUCCCUCUGCCUCCCAAGUGCUGGGAUUGAAGGUGUGCACACCACUGCCUGGUCUGAUUUCUCUAUUUUAAUUAUUGGACUGAAAUUACUAUUUUAAUUAUUUCUAUUUUUGUAAGCUGCUUGCUUUUACUUCUCCAACUUUUCAGAGCAUUUUGUUUUAGAGACUUCUGGAUUUCUGAUUUUCAAAUGUCUCUUACCCAUCUCCUGAGCUCCUAGAGCUCUUCUGACCUCUGUAAAUAUUUUAUAUUUGAUAAUUUAGGGUUUGCACCCAUUUUCUUGAGAUGCUGAGGACUGAACCUAAGACCUUAUACACACUAGGCAAGUUCUCCACACUGAGCCAUUUUCUCAGCCUUGUAUUUAUAUAUUGAAUUGAUUUUCAGUUUACACCAGAAUUGCUGAGGCUGAAGUUUCCAUCGACCCUCAUUUACUUGACCUCUAUAAACACCCAGACAAUUGGUGUAGUGACAUACCUUCAAUCUCAGAACUCAGAAGGUUGAGGUGGGUGGAUCUCGGUACAUUUAAGGCCAGCUUGUUAUAUGUAGUAGAUUCCAUACCAGCCAGGGCUACAUAAUGAGACCUUGUCUUUAAAAAUAUGGCAGGGUUGGAGGUGGGGGUGUUUGGUGAGAAGGUCAGCAUCCAUAUGGUGGCUCACAACCAUCUAUAACUCCAGUUCCUGGGGGUCUAGGCCCUUUCCUGGCCUCUUUGGGCACUGUAUUAAUGGAGUACAGACAUAAACACAGGCAAAACACUCAUGCACAUAAAAUAAAAAUGAAUGAAUUAUUGUGGGUGCAGAGCCCCUGAUUGGACCACAGGCCUUGCUUUUCCUCUAGACAGGAAUACAUGUGGUUUGUGUAGUUACCUGCUUUCUCACAUUUUUCACUAGUCUAGAAAGUUGUCAAACUUAAAAGACUUGUACUGGUUUUUUGUUUUGUUUUUAAGCCACCAUUUGGGUUGUAAUCCUCUAUAGAACUACCUUGAAGGUGGCCAGAUCGUCAGUAGCUCUCCUCAGGUUUAUGUGGCAGAGUUACUAUGUCAAGCAUGAAUGCCGAGCAGUCCUUAUGGUUCUUUCCCCACAGUGUUUACAUCAGGCCAGAAAGCAUGCAAAAUAAAAGAUAACUUUUGUGUUUAGAUUCUUACCUGGGUCUGCUGUGUGUCUAUAAUCCCAGCACAUGGAUGAUGGUGGCAGAAAGAGCAUGUCAUCCUUAGCUACAGACCAAGUUCAAGGCUUAGCUUGACAGGCCCUGUCUCAGGAAAGAAAAAGAAAAAGAAGAAAAGGAGCUCUUUAUGACUUCCCUCGUUGCAUCACUUUCUGAUUGUGCUGCUAGCUCGUGUUAGAUGCAGUGUUGCAUGGCACAGUACUACAGACAAAAUGGUUGUUGCUUGUAGGCUAGGUCAUUUUAUUGCAUGGGAUUUGUCAACACUAUUUAGGACUAAGGAAACAGUCCGUGGACACAUGGACCAGUGACAUGGCAAGAACCAAACAAACAAAAGAUUCCCCUAUAGACUGGUAUCCACUAGUUUGCCACUUGGCUGCUCUACAGUAGCUGCCUGGCCUUGUUUUCCUGUGUGAAGAGACCAGAGCACCUCUGCUUUGUAUUACACCACAGCGUUGGCCAUGUGGUCAACAGCUUAUAAGCCAAACUGGAGAGAAGGCUCACCAGUUAAGGCACUGGCUGGUAGUCGUGCGUCCUGGUGCACACCUUUAGUACCAGCCCUCAGGAGUCAGAGGCUGGAAGAUCUCUGAGUUCAGAGGCCAGCCUGGUCUACAGAGUGAGUUCCAGGACAGCCAGGGCUACACAGAGAAACCCUGUCUUGGGGUGUGGGUGGGAUAGCACUAUCUGCUCUUCUGGAGGAUUGGGGUUCAAAUCCGAACACACUUAAAUUGUGUUUCACAACCAUCUGUCACUCCAGUUCCAGGGGAUCCUGACACCCUCUUCUGGCCUCUUUGGGUACCGCAUGCAAUUGGUGCACAGACAUACAUGCAGACAAAACAAUAUAAAAUAAAAAUAAAGGUUUUUAAAAAAAAGUUUGUAAGCUGAAGACGGAAGGGGAAGAAGUUCCAAGCCUAAUUUUACCUUUCAGAUGUUGUCAUUAUGGGCUCUGACAAAUGGUCACCAAUUAGGUGUCAUGGUGUAUACCGUAAUCUUGGCACUCAGGAGGCCAAGGCAGGAAGAUUGCAAGCAUGAGGCUACUGGGACUAACUGAGUUUCAGCUGCCUGAGCCUACAUAGUGAGACCUUAUCUUAACAACAGGAAACAGUGUGGUCCCUCCCUGACCCUGUGGAGCAUCUCAAGGAAGAUGACAAACAGACUCCUGCUUACACAGUGUGGAUUUGCAGCAAAAUACAACUUUGUGAUGUGAAAAUAAGUGAUUUGGUGAUGUUUGGUUAGUGUUCCUAUGACUCCUAAAUAAAAUUAAUAACUGAUGAA